AUGCCGAGACCAAAAUAUUGCCAACAUCCAUCGAGACACGCAACGUCUACAUCAAGAGCAAAAGGAGUUAGAGCAGUCUCAUUGAAAUUAUCCAUGUUUUUAAUCAGUCGAUAUGAUAUCACGGACACUCGUGUUCAUUGGCUCUGUCAUAGAUGUCAUACAUUGGAAUCAAAUGAAAUGAAAAUUCAUCAACCAAUGCAAAUCAACAACAAUCGAAGCCUCACUGACGAUGAAUAUGCGGUAGAAGAUAUUUCUUCUGGUGAAGAUGAUGAUGAAGAAGAUGAGGAUAAUGUUUACAUGAAUGACAACAUGAAAGUUGAGACAAAAGACAACGAUGAAGAAACUGAUGCUGAAUCAACGGAUGAAGAAUCAGAUGAUGGUUCUUAUAAUCUUGAAUAUCACCAAAAUGAAGCAAUAGAAAAAUUAUCCACUGUCUUCCGAUUAUUGAAUAUAAAUCCAAUUCACAACAAGGUGGCUGUUCGUCCCAUUCGUGCUAAAAUCGAUGAAGUAUACAGAUAUCUUCAUGGAUUAUGCGAUGUGUUAGAAGGAAAACCUCAAGAUCAACGCAAUGCAAAUCCACAUAAUCUGUUGAUUAGUGAACCAAACGAGCCUUUGGAUGGCCUGAAAAGGUUUCUUCGAUGA